AUGUUAUCAUUGUUGGCACUGGCGCUGACGGUGCAUCUCGUCCAUGCCGUCCGAACGGAACUGCCAAACCGUUCACAUCCACUGGUAUUACUUGAGCGUGAUUUGGAAAAUCUGCAAUGUUUGUUCUUUCGACGCAACUGCUCCAAUCAUCUGGCAGAUCUAUCACAAGCGAAUCGAUUCUUUUGGAAAAUAAUGUUGCCUGAGACCGCUACAGCGCCCAAGCUGAACACCGUAAAAUUGGAGGUCUACAUGGAAUCGCAAUGUCCCGACACUUCGAGGUUCCUUCACAAGCAACUGAUGAAGGCAUGGUCGUUGUUAUCUCAAACGGGUAGAGUGGAACUUGUUUUGAUCCCUUUUGGAAAGGCACGUUGUACUGCGAAGGACAAUGAUUUCGAAUGUUUCUGUCAGCACCAAGCCAACGAAUGUAUCUUAAAUCAGCUGAUGAACUGCGUCAUCGAUCGUGUAGGAUUUCCCGAUAAAAUCGUGCCGAUUAUCGAUUGUAUUCAAGGAAAACCCAAUCUCGAGAGUGCGAUGCAGUCAUGUAUAGCCAAUAAUGCACUGUUAAAUCCUCAAGAGUGA